AUGGGGUUCCAGGGGUCUCAGAGUCUUGACAGUCUUGGAAGUCUUGGUAGUCUUGGUAGUCUUGGUAGUCUUGGUAGUCUUGGUAGUCUUGGUAGUCUUGGUAGUCUUGGUAGUCUUGGUAGUCUUGGUAGUCUUGGUAGUCUUGGUAGUCUUGGUAGUCUUGGUAGUCUUGGUAGUCUUGGUAGUCUUGGAAGUCUUGGAAGUCUUGGAAGUCUUGGAAGCCUUCGAAGUCUUGGAAGUCUUGGUAGUCUUGGCAGUCGUGGUAGGCUUGGGGGUUUUGACAGUCUUGGAAGUCUUGGAAGUCUUGGAAGUCUUGGAAGUCUUGGAAGUCUUGGAAGUCUUGGAAGUCUUGGAAGUCUUGGAAGUCUUGGAAGUCUUGGAAGUCUUGGAAGUCUUGGAAGUCUUGGUAGUCUUGGUAGUCUUGGUAGUCUUGGUAGUCUUGGUAGUCUUGGUAGUCUUGGUAGUCUUGGUAGUCUUGGUAGUCUUGGGGGUCUUGACAGUCUUGACAGUCUUGGAAGUCUUGGAAGUCUUAGUAGUCUUGGUAGUCUUGGUAGUCUUGAGGAUCUUGGUAGUCUUGGGGUCUUCGAGGUCUUACAGGUCUUGAAGGUCCCAGAUGUUCCAGUGGUCUCUGGGGUCUUAGAGGUAACUAGGCUUUCUUUGAUCCCAGAGGUUUCGGACAUCCCAGGGGCUCGAAGAUCCAUGGGGCCCCAUUGGUUCCAAACAUCUCGAGGGUUUCAGAUGUCUUGA